AGGACCAGUUAGUACCUACCUACAACCACGACAUAGACUUCAACAUCAAUAUGGUCCUCCUUGAUCUUGCCAUACCUCUGCCACCAUUACAACCCAACAACACUCUCUCCUUUUAUCCCUAUCCCUCUCAUUCCCACUCUCACGUCCCAGGCCCUUCCACACCCUCUCGACCCAAUCCCAUCCGUGGCCCCCUUCCUUCUGCAUUACCUACCUCUACUCCCAAUGUCCCUAAAACUCCCAUGGCCGGACUGUCGAUGGCGUCGAACCAUGAAGAAGAUGGAGGGAGGUCCCAAUCACGAGAGCAAGAACAGAGGAUAGAUCAUCAAGCUUUGUUACGAGCUUUAACAGGAAAGAGACCGGCAGGAAUGGAAGUGAGUAAAGUGUCCGAGUCUUUGGAAGAGGAAGAAGGUGUAUUUGAGGAUUAUCGACAUUCUAUCAACAUGUUCGGAAAUCGUUUUCUCCUACCAUACGGUCUACGUCUCACUCAGAUGGAGAUGGAUGCACAACCUGUAAGUUACUCAUUUCCUCGAGGGUCAUUGAGGCCCAUUCAUCAUUGAAAUCACAACACCCACCCCUUUUACUGUCUCUUAAACGCCGCGGGUAUAAGGAAUCUUCCAUUUCCAAUACCAUCACAGACCUCUUAGAAAGAUCAAUAUCAAAGGGACAAACUCUUCUCUGAAGUUUAGAGCCCAGAACCGAGCGAACCGGAUCAAGAUCGUCGACAAGAAGACGGAGCUGUACCUUCCGCCCCUCGGACAGGACGGACCGAUGUAGGAAUACAAGGAGAGGUAAUGGAUGGAAUAGAGGAAGGGGUUGAAGAGGUAGAAGGGGAUGAAGAAGUUGAUUUGGAUGCUAGUGUGGAAGAUAUGGAUGAUGGUAUGAUGGAUGGUUAAGGAAAGUUUAUGUCAGUUAUUCAUAUUUACUCGUUAUGACGU